AUGCCUGAUGCUCGAGUACGAGCUCUUCAAUUAUUUUGCCCAGCUCUGCAUUGUAUCACACUCACAGCAUUAUAUCUCAGAAACAAUAAGAUAAGAUCUCUCGGAGCACAACAUCUGGCUGAUGCAUUACGAAAUAACACGACACUCACGACAUUAGGUCUCCAAUGCAAUGAACUUGGACCUCUCGGAGCAGAACAUCUGGCCGAUGCUUUACAAAAUAACACGACACUCACCACAUUAUAUCUGGGAGGCAAUGAAAUUGGAGACAAAGGAGCGCAACAUUUGGCUAAGGCAUUACGAAAUAACAUGACACUCACCACUCUAGAUAUUAGAGAUAAUCAAAUCGGAGACAAAGGAACAAAAUAUCUGACUAGUGCAUCACGAAAUAAUACGGCAACAACAACAUCACUGUAUAAUCACAGUCAAACGAUGCCCACCCUCACACAAACAGGCAAUGAUCUAUACCUUCCAAAGUAUAAGCCCUUAGCCGAAAAUCAGUCACCAUCAGUCAUCAAAGUACUGGAUGUGCAGACUCUAGCUACUAUUCCAGAGAAAACCUCCACAUCAUCGAAACUUUUAGUAGCUAUACUAAUUGGUUGUGCCUCAGCUGUGAUUAUUACAAUUGCUAUAGUUGUACCUCUUCUAUUGACAAAGAAAUCGUCAUCAUCGUCAAGUAAUUCAACUACAAUAUGUCAAAAUGGAGGCACUUUACUUUCGAACGAUUCAUGUGCAUGUAAUAACUAUACAACGGGAACGUACUGUCAAACUCCGCUCUGCCUUGUGGCUGGUUUCUUUUCAACGACCUGCUUAAACGGUGGUACAUGUACGUACAGUGCAUCGACGAGUACAAGUACUUGUUCAUGCGUUUCAAGCUCUUGGACAGGAAGUUAUUGUCAAACUCCUCUAUGUCCUAAUUGUAACUAUAACUGUGGUUAUGGUUCUUGUAAUUCACCGUCGAGCUGUUAUUGCAAUAGUGGUUACCAAGGAACAUGCUGUAACUCGACAAUUACAAGUGGUCAAUGUCUGUCGCUGAGUCCGGCAAACACAACCUCUUGGGGCAGUGGGUUUAACAAUACUUUCUAUGGUCACGAAAAUGAUGUGCUUAAUGUUUCCUGCGCAACAGGAAAAACUCUUACAGUUGCUGCAUGUUUCUAUGGUAUUAAUAGUGCCACUCCUGGAUGUAGUGGAUCGACAGGCUCGGCAAAUUGUCUCUCCAUGGAUGUUUCAUCUACAUGUAGUGCACUAUCCGAUGACAAACCUGAUCAUUCAAAUCGUUUACAACAGGCAUAG